CUCUGCGUAUCACACGUCGGCAGGUCAGCCAGCAAUCAGAUCCCAUCCAUUGCGCGAAUAGGGCAGAAGUGCAAAACCAUUGCCUGCAAGUCGGCAACCAUACAAUCCAUUUGUUGAUAUCGAAGGUCUGUGGAUGUGCAGAAAAUUGAAUCACAAUGCAUUAGUGCACCAAAUGUAUGCUCUUAUGCUCCUCCACACAAGAAAUCCACCUUAUCUUUUCUCUAAAUCUCCAUUUCAUUCUCCCUGUCCAGUUCUUCUUCCUCUCCCAAAAUCAUCAUGUCUAUUUCAGUCACUUCCACCUUCCCAAAGGGGCAAUUUCUCCCAAAAACCUUCUUUAUCCCUCAAAUCAAUCCCAACCCUUUUUCCUACGCUCUUCAAAUUCGCCGUAACUUGUCAAAUUCUUCCCCAUCUAGACGAAAUAAACUCUACCCAAUCGCUAGCUCGGCUGCUGCCACUGUAAGAGCUCAAAAACAGUCAUUCAGGAGCAAAAACCCAAGAGAUGUCAAUGUUCUUGUCGUAGGCUCAACCGGGUAUAUUGGCAAAUUUGUGGUUAAAGAGUUGGUUAAAAGAGGGUUUAAUGUGAUAGCUGUUUGCAGGGAGAGAAGUGGGAUUAAAGGGAAGUAUGGUAAAGAAGAGACUUUAGGCCUAUUUGAUGGAGCCAAUGUGUGUUUUUCUGAUGUGACCAGUUUGGGUAAUUUGCAAAAGAGUUUGGAGGGCUUGGGUGUGUCCUUUGAUGUGGUUGUUUCAUGCCUCGCGAGUCGAAACGGUGGGAUUAAGGACUCCUGGCUGAUUGAUUAUGAGGCCACCAAGAACAGUCUUGUUGCAGGGAGAAAACUUGGGGCUGUGCAUUUUGUGCUGCUCUCUGCAAUCUGUGUGCAGAAGCCUCUGCUCGAAUUCCAGCGCGCCAAGCUGAGAUUCGAGGCUGAUUUGGUGCGUGAGUCCGAGGAAGAUGACACCUUUAGCUACAGCAUUGUGAGGCCUACCGCGUUCUUCAAGAGCUUGGGAGGGCAGGUUGAGCCUGUCAAGGAUGGGAUGCCUUAUGUCAUGUUUGGCGAUGGGAAAUUGUGCGCGUGCAAGCCUAUAAGCGAGCGCGACUUGGCUUCGUUCAUCGCGGAUUGUGUCACGGACGAGAAUAAGAUGAAUCGGGUACUACCCAUUGGAGGACCGGGGAAAGCAUUGACUCCAUUGGAGCAAGGAGAGAUGUUGUUCCGGAUCGCGGGCAAGGAGCCAAAGUUCAUCAAAGUACCCAUUGAGGUCAUGGAUUUGGGCAUAGGGGUACUUGAUUUUUUGGCCAAGGUUUUCCCUUCCUUGGAGGACGCCGCGGAGUUUGGGAAGAUCGGUAGGUAUUACGCUGCUGAGAGUAUGUUGGUUUUCGACCCCGAGACGGGAGAAUACAAUGCUGAGAAAACCCCAAGUUAUGGGACAGAUACUUUGGAAGAAUUCUUUGAGAGAGUUCUUAGGGAAGGAAUGGAUGGCCAAGAGUUGGGGGAGCAGUCCAUAUUUUAGAUAUUUCAUAGGUUCUUUCUUUCUUUCUUUCUUUCAUUUUGAGGAUCGUUCUCUUAUGUAACAUUGCAAUGUAUGCAUUUGUAAUUGUUGAAUGUUAAAUUUAGUCCCAUCUUGUAAAAUGCAAUACUUGUCUUAGUAACAAAGUUUGAUUAGAUCAUUAGAUGUUACCCUUUUGUUCCUAAAUAAAUGUCUUACUAAGGC